GCUGUCAAUCGAUUGGAAGUUUCACCUCUGGUAUUUCCUGUCUCAUCAGCAAAAAGCCGCGUCACGUGCGCCACCUGGAAAUCUUCUGCCAACUUGUGCUCGCAAAUCCCUCGGUUGUAUUUUAUUCCUCGAGAUGGGUAAGAAACAGAAAAUGAAGAAGGCUGCCCAGCUGGCGGCCGCCGCCGCGAAAUUCCAGAAGGAGAUGAUCGCGAACGCGGUGGCCACCAAAGAGAAGUCCGUCGAAGAAGCCACUCCGGCACCAUGUUGCAGUGGAAAGAAGGGGAAGCCCAAGGAAACGCAUGGAGUGCAGAAGGAGCUCGCGAUGCUGGAAGACGCCGUGGAUGCCAAGAAGUCUCCUCCAGGCUUCAGUGGCGCAAAGAAGAAGCCCCAGGUCAUGGGUCAAAUGGACCCGGCCUACCGCAGCAAGAUCAAUAAGCUGUUGAACCUGGCCCAAAAUCUGGCGCCCAAUCUGUUCAAUCUGCAAAAUCCGCCGAAGGAGGAGCGCGCCUCCGCCGCGGACAGCAUCGUAGAUGCCGAUGACCGGAGCACGGACUCCGAUGACGCCCCGGAUCUGGUGGAAGCGGAUCGAAAGGCGGCCAAGCCGGACGAUCUGGGCCAACUCGGUUCGCUGGGCACGCUGACCCUGCGAUCCGGAGACGGACCAAGGCGUUCCCGGGGCGAGAAGAAGGCACGCCGAAUUCUCAUGAAGCUCGACCUAAAGCCCGUCGAGAACGUGACCCGAGUGACCAUAAAGAAGAACAAGAACAUCAUGUUGUACAUGGAACAUCCGGACGUCUUCAUAGUGGCGCACUCGCAGACGUACAUCUUCUUCGGGGAGAUCCGCGUGGAGGACACCAGCAGCUCGGCCACCGCCUCCCAGGCAGCCGCCAAUGCGGCAAAGCGAUUCCGUGGUCCCUCGCCUGUCGGAGGUCAGGCCCACAAUUCGGAUGUGAAAGCUCCUGGCGGCCAGUCGCUGCUCGACGAAGAGGACGAGGACGAUGGCGACGACGUGAACCUGGACGACAAGGACUUGGACGUGAAGGACAUCGAGCUGGUCCAGAUGCAGGCCGCGUGCUCGCGCAAGAAGGCCGUCCAGGCGCUGCUGAAGAACGACAACGAUGUGGUCAACGCCAUCAUGGCCCUAACUAUGGGCUAAGUCGCUCUGGCUCCUUUUGAUUGAAGUUCAUGAAGUA